AUGGCGGACGACUCGAAGCAGACAAGUGCCCUACUGAAAAGGCACGAACAAUUAAAGCGAUGGAAUGAAUCGGACACAAAUAGGGCUGCAGAUACACCAAGAGACAAACCAAGAAAAGUUAAAUUUCAAGAUGGAUGUGUAUUUUUAGCCGCAUGUUCAAGUGGGGAUACCGAGGAGGUAGCCAGGCUUCUAAGACGAGGCGCUGACAUAAACACGGCGAAUGUAGACGGUUUAACAGCCUUGCACCAGGCCUGUAUAGAUGACAAUCAGUCCAUGGUGGAGUUUUUGGUGGAGAAUGGAGCUGAUGUGGAUGUGUGUGACAAUGAGGGCUGGACUCCACUCCACGCCACAGCCUCAUGUGGAUUCACGGAAAUCGCCAGAUAUUUACUGGAACAGAAAGCUAAUGUGGCAGCUGUGAACAAUGAUGGGGACCUGGCCAUUGAUAUCUGUGAGGACAAAGAAAUGAGGAAAAUCCUACAAGAGGAGAUGGACAAUCAGGGAGUGGACGCGGAUGCUGCUCGCUCAGAGGAGGAGAAUCAGAUGUUACAGGACGCCAACAAAUGGCUGAACAACAAGUCCGUCAAGGAGAAGAAACACCCCAAAACAGGGGCCACCGCACUCCAUGUGGCUGCCGCAAAGGGAUACACGAAGGUCAUGAGUAUACUACUGAAAGCGGGGGCGGAUGUGAACUCCCAGGACUAUGACGGGUGGACCCCCCUCCACGCAGCUGCCCACUGGGGGCAGGAGGAGACCUGCAAACUACUGGUGGAGCACAUGUGUGACAUGCAGCUCAAGAAUAAUGCUGGUCAGACACCGUAUGAUGUGGCUGAUUCAGAAGUCCUGAAGCUUUUAGAGGAAUUGGAGAGGAAGCAAGCUUCGCAAAAAGAUUUGAAAGAUUCGCAGAAUGAAAUCAUCCCAACCCGCGGUCAGCAUCAAAAGAGAAGCCGCAGUGACUCCACCAGGGAACCCUUAGCAAACAAUAUUUCCGCUGAUAUAGAAAGGAGUUCAGUGACGCGGAUGAGCGUGGAUCAGAAACACAACGUCAAUGUGAAGACGGUGGAACAGGAGCGUGCAGCGCUAGAAGCAGCUCUUCAAUCCCCGACAGAGGAGGAAGAAAAAGUACUCAAAAGCAGCUCCAGCUCGGCCAGUGAGGAGGAAAGCUCGGAGGAUUCGGAGUCCAAGUCACAGCCAGAGGAAAACGCGGAGACAAGUCCCAAAUCCACACCCACAACAAACAUAGAGUCGGGCACAAAGUCCACAGAGAAAACGGAAACAGAAAAACAAAAUGAACUAAAUAGACUUUCUUCUAAUCAAGUGCCCAGAGAGAGGGAUAAGCCGCCUAUCACCGCUGUCGUAGAGACCAAAGAUGUUCCGAAGGUCGACGAGAAAGGGGAGACAACUCACGUAUCCAUCAAGGAUAAAAUCAACGAGGACGCAGUCACUAAACCGAAGGAGGAAACGCCCACCAUAGAGAAGAUCGGCGACAGUUUGAGGGACACUCGCUCGAAGCUCAGACUGAGACUGAAGGAAAUUGCAAAAGAAACGGAGGAGAAGGCGGUGUCAGACAGCAAGCCAGAAAAAUCGGACUCGGCCGAGAAAGAGGAGAAGGCUCGAACAGGGGUGAGUGGACAGAUGGGUCUGUCUCGCUCGCUCAGCAUGCCUGCUCAUUACCGCUCCGAGGUACCCAUUAUCUCCCUCCAGAAACCAGGAGAAGACAACCCCUCCACAGCCCCGCUACGGGAAACGCCCUCCUGGAGGGCGGGGCUACGCAAAACAGGAAGUACCAGCAUGGUCAAUGACAGCCUGAAUGAGAACGACAAGAAUAACCUGCCGCGCUCUGCCUCUAGUCCCCGCCUAGCCCUCAACAAUAACAAUCGGUUGGAGAAUGACAAGUCGAACCGACCAUUCCUAAGCACUAGCACAAUAUCAGAAAACCAAGAGAACAAGGUCCCCGAUAGAUUGGGCUCUUCCUCUGUCAGUACCACUUCCUCCACUUCCACGACCUUGACCUCCACAACGUCCUUGAGAGGGCCGAGUUCGUUCCGGGGCCUGUCUUCAUACAAGCAGCGACUGGAGGAGUUCAAGGAGGACCACCGAUCUUCCCUGCCUACCCGCCUCGCCUCCCAGCCAGCGACCACUGCCUCGUCAGCCUUGACUCCAAGUGCUACCGUCACGACGGUCGGCUUGACAACGGGAACCACGACUUCUAUAUCCUCGUCGAUCAUUUCCUCCCCUUAUUCUAAUUAUCAAUUCAAAAGGCCUUAUGGAAUACCCAAACGUGAUGAGGAGGCAGAAACUCAGAGGAAAGCUCGGGCCAAGAGAGCUCGGGAAACCAGGCGGUCAACACAGGGGGUUACCAGAGAAGAUAUUCAGAAAGCGGAAGAAGUCUUGAGUGGGACUGCUCGCACAGAGACGGACAAGAGAUUAGCGGCGCCCGACAGUGGGGAUAAACCAUUGAACAAGGAGGCAGAUACCAGCACCACCUCACUGAGUGAGAGAAUUACCUCGGAGAACGACACCAUCGCAUUACGACGCAACAGGGAGGAUGAACCGCGGAGUAACAGCUUUCGGCGGUCUCGAGAUUCCAAAGAUAGUACAGACUCUUAUACACCAUAUCUACGGAGGGACAGAAUUGAUAGGAAUGCUAUAUCAUUAAACGACCCCUCAUCGUCUCUCGGAUCAAGCUCGGGGAUAACUCGGUCUCAGUCAAUGCGGACUAGAAUGCGGAAUGGCGAGCUGGAAAGCAGGAUAGAGGAGAAAUCCAACGAUUCUGAUAGUAAAGGAGAUAAAGAUGGGAGGAGAGAGUCGUCUGCCCUUGCCAGGAGAAGGCAGAGAAAAGAGCGACGGUCGACAGGAAUUGUCUCCUACGACAACAAAGAUGAAGAAGAAGAAAAAGAUAAAGAAGAAGAACCUGCCGAUGAUAAGACUUCUGGUCGGUAUGGGAGAUACCCCUCCACGUCGGACGUCUCCGAUCGGUACCGCCCCAGCUCCUACACAGAGACCUCCAAGUCUACGUCAGCUAUCGACACCUCUCUAGAUUAUAAAAAAUUAUAUGAAGAUGAAAAAUCUAAUAGUGAGCGGUUAAAGCGUGAGUUAUCGGACACAAAGAAGGAACUCCUAGAGGCCAAGGGAGAACUGGACAGACUGCUGAAACGCAGCGAACAUUCGCGCCUCUCCGACACCAACGAAAAGAGGGAAAAGAGGGCUUUAGAAAGGAAAUUAUCUGAAUAUGAAGAAGAAUUAAAGCAAAUGAACAAAAUUAAGGCAGAAAACACAAAACUUAAGGAGGAGAACCGCGCCCUGACCAGGGUCAUUUCCAAGCUCUCCCGAUAGAAAAUGGAAGCUUUGAAAGAGGACAACAAAAGACUAAAAGAAGAAAAUGGCGCUCUGAUCCGGGUCAUUAGCAAGCUGUCCAAAUAAGACCAGUUUAAAGGAACCAGUCCAUAACGCCUAGGCAAUUCUCAGUGCAAUGUCGAUGACUAAUUUUUGUUUUGUUUUUAUCAUAUGUAUAUUUGCUAUAAGUCUUCCAUAGGGGUAAUUCAGGAAUCCUGUGCUGUGUUGUAGGCUAUGUCUGAGCAAAGCUAUUCCUUCCUUCCUUAGUCAAUAACUAAGACAAAAUUUGGAGUGACUGUAUUGUCAACAAUGCUGUCGUUUAUACCUUGAUCCACCCGAUUCAGAGUGGAUAUUAUAUCAUAAAAUCCCUUCUUUAAAUUUUGUUCAUUGGAAAACCAGAUGAAAUGCAAUUGAAAGCACAUUUUUCAUCAUGAUUUGAACAUUCUGUUAAACAUUUAAAGGAGCUACCUUCAAGAACAUGCAAUAUAAAAAAACCAUGGUCAUUGCGUUGUGUAAAAUGCUUUCUGCUUUUGUGGCCAUUUGAUCUCAAAAGUUUGGGUGAUAAAUCCACUGAGAGAUGAAUAAUGAUGAAAAUAGAAACCAACCUCCAAGUCUUUCAGAGAUGGGGAGAAUGCCGCUGUUGCUACCAGCUAGAUAUUUCUGUACAUAGCGAGGACUCUACCUGCUUCCGUGGUCCAUAGAGUUAAUAUAUUUAUGAGUCUUUCUCAUUAUUUGUAUUAUGUCAGAGUUGGAGAGAGGAAUUUAUGUUUCUCUUUUUUAUAAUAUAGUGCUUGAUGCUGCCAGAAUAUUACGAGUAGGCUCUCUGGUUUCAAUGGUUCAAUGCAGUUUUUAUCAAACUUAAAAUGUCAAACGCCCCCUCCCUUUCCCCUAAAACACCUUCCUCCCCCUCCCAAACUUCCAGCAUUUGACUACUACAGUGGAAACUGGAGAAGAUCUUUCUGCAUUUUACAAAAAAAUUCUGAGUUAUUAAGUGAGGACCAUCUCAUCCCACUUUAAAAUAUAUAUUAUAUAUACCUACCGGUAUAUGUAUCUUUUUUUAAUGAAAUAAUGAAUUUUGUUAAAGUUUCUCUGUAGUCUUUUCAACUGCAUUUUCUGAUUUCUAUAUUUAUUUUGAGUUGGAACGAAAAGCCAUAACAAGAAUGUAAUUUUUUAGCCUUUAGCAUACCCUUGAGCAAAUUAUGUUUUUGAUGUAUCAAAAUUUUCCUUUUUAAAAUACUGAUUUAAUUUCAAAUAUUUUUGGUCUGCAUACAUUAGUGUGGAUGGACGGAAGAUCUGGUUUUGAGACAUCUGUAGCCCUUGUAUUUAAGGAUAAACAAGUUUUUUUCAUUGUGAUAAAUAUAUCCAUAUUAUGUUGUCAAGAUCUUUUUGAUGCCUACAGUCUCUUUUUUUUUUUAAACAUAAUUUUGUCUUAUUCCAUUCUAUUUUUUUUGAUAUGCAUGUUAAUUUGUAUACUUUAAACUUGGUCUUUUUUUCAAAUUUUUCUUUUCUUACCAUGAAUUCGGUCAUUCGUGCUAUGGAUUAAAACUUUUCCCCUUUAGGAUCUGGAAUGUGAUGAAGAAUUUCCUUUUACCGGUAUAAAAAAAGAUGUGAGAAUCAGUGAGAUGAGUAAGACCUCGCUGUAUUGUACACAGGCACACUGUGUACCCCACCCCCACCCCCCGCUGCCCCUGUAACUGGCAUAUGAACUAACAUAGAGAGGUACCUAAACUCUGUAUAUUUAUACAAUGGCUGAAGUAGUACUAAUUUAUUCCGUGUAUUAAUCAGUGUUUAUAUCAUGUGAUGUACACUCCACAGACUUCAGGUCACCAAAUGCGUCAUUCUGGACUUCUUAUCCUGGUAUGAAGUAGAUAGGAUUCAUUAUAUUUGGUGCUAUAUAUACCACUGUUUCCAUAGCAAUGUGUCUUUUUUGUAAAUAGUGUUUGUGUCUGCUUGUUAUAAAGGUCCUGAUGCAAUUUGUCAAGUACUAGUUUUGUAGUAUUUGAAAUGGACCUAAUUUUAGCAGUCUUGGGACUUUUGUGUUGAUCUUUGUUUGUAUCAUUUUGGACUUUCACCAUUGAGUUAUUUAAGACAGUGCCUGUGCUGCACAACAAACCUUUUGCAGUUUUUUUUGUGUAAUUAAAGUUUAACAGUUAUAUAUUGUCUAGGAACAAAAAUAGAAGGAAAUUGAUCAACUUUAAUAAGAAAUGUUAGCUCAGGAAAGGGAACUAGUCAACAUACAGAUAGCAUUGUAGGAGACAGCCUCUAGAAAGAGGGUCAACCAAUUAAAAUAAGAUUUAUUCUGUGGCUUAAUUUAAAAUCAUUACAAGAAGUUUUAUUUUGUGGCAUUUGUGGUUGGGUUGUAUUGUUGUUUGUCCCAUCUACCACAUAUUGAAGACUCUCUAGUGGAACAAACUGUUGUGUAGAAGUAUCUCCUUAAGGUACAUAGUCAAUGAGAUUAUCCUUAUUUUCCUUAUACUUUAGUGUUUGUGAGUCAUGCCAUACAUGAAUAUAUGAUCUUUGCAAUAGUUAUUGAAAAAAAAGUCAAUCUGAUUGAUUGGAUGAUUAUUCACUACCCUUACUUUUAGCCCAUUUAUUAAAGAGAGACCACUCAGAAAGACUAUAUUUAGUCAUGGAUUAUCCCACAGACGGACAAUAUUUAGUCAUGGAUUAUCCCACUGACGGACAAUAUUUAGUCAUGGAUUAUCCCACUGACGGACAAUAUUUAGUCAUGGAUUAUCCCACUGACGGGCUAUAUUUAGCCAUGGAUUAUCCCACUGAUUGGUUUUUCUUGUUAAGUGGUUGCUUGUCCGGGUGACAUGUCGGACCCAGAACUAGUAGGGCAGUGACUACCAUAAGCUUCUCUUGAACAGCGGAGAUAACUUCCAAUAAAUAUUUUGUAUUCUGUUUUAAAGGCCUUAUUUUCAUCAAAGUUUAACUUGUUUGCUUAAUAUUUUCCUAAAACUUUGUAAGGAAUCUAGUCAAUAUUUAACAGAAAGAAUAAAAUUAUUUUCAGCAAUCCAACAAGCACAAAAGCAAAAGGAGGAAAUGCUUCAAUGUAUUUACAUGAUUUUUGUUUCGUGCAUUUUGGGUUUUCUUUCAAACUAUACUAAUUUAUUAAGAACUGAUUUUUAUGGGGAUUUUUUUUUUCAGUCACACUUUAGAAUUGUAUUUAAACAAAACUAAAGAUAGUCAAAUCCAAAUAUUUAAUCAAAACCAAGGUUUUUACUUAAUAUGCAAGUUAGUUGUUCAAAAUGAUUUUUUUCCCCGAAGAAACAUACAAACUUGCCAUUUCAUUGUUAUAAUGGAAGAAAGCCAGAUUAAUAGUUGAAUUUAAAAAAAAAAAUUGAAAUGAUAUCUCAUUUUUCUACAUUUGAGUGUUUUGGUUUUGAUCACAGGGAGAUAACUCAGACAUUAUUACCUGUGAUGAAAUUACAUCUCUGAUUUAGGUGACAUGUUGGACCUAAAAUCUGUAGAAAAAUGAUUAUAGUGUAAAUACCAUUAUGAAUUUGAACUUUGAGAUUAGAAACUUUUAUAUAAACUUCCAAAUAAUUAUUCUAGAGUGUUAUAGAUACGAAUACAAAGUAGAUCUGAUCAUGUUUCAUGUAGUUUUUCAAAGAUUCAUUCGAACUAUAGUCUAUAAGAACAACUUGAACCAUAAAAUUGUUGCCUAUAGGAGUGCAGCUUUUUGUAGCUUAUUCUUGCCUUCAUUCAAGUUUAGAAAAACUUGGGUAGUACAGAUUAAAUUAAAAGAUCAUUCGUAAACAUAUGACAAGGUAACUACCUAUCUCAAAGGUUAAGGUCAGACAUUGGGUCAAGAUUUGAUAUGAGAAUGACCUCUGAUCCUAAUCUUACAGAUUAUAUUACUUUUGUUGCUUGGGUGACAUGUUGGACCCUAGCUAUGUUUAUGAAUGACCUUGAAUAUCCUUGUACAGAGGUCAAAUUAACAUUGCCACGAGUAGGUGGUAUGUUUAUUUUUUGUUUGUUCCCCACACAUAAUAUGUAUAGUGUCAUGUCUUUCAGAGGAAUGUAGCUAGUUUUUUUUGUUUGAUAAUGCUCAUAUGUCAAGAAUUGCUAUGGAAACUUAUUGUGCUUUUGUGUUUUCAAUACAAGGAUAAGAAGUAAACAAAAUGGCGGCGUUGAUUCUGUCGCUGUGGCAACGAUCACGUGACUUAUGGUUGAUAUUGUGUAUGUAUCACAAUGGGUUUCUGAUGUACGUCAGCAUGUUGUGAGGAGUCUCUGUAUUGUAUGAACCUGACCGAGCGAUUAGAUACCAUAGCUGUAAAACUACUUAAUAAAACGAUCUAAACCGAA